AUGCCUGUUCCCCACUACGGCGUCUGGGCUUGCCGCCCAACUAGAUAUAAAGCCGAGGGACACGGAGUACGCACCCCACACAUCGAGCUCUUUUUCACUGAUGAUAGCUCGAGGAAGCGGAAGGCUGCUAUCAACGUCAAAUCGACCAGUGAAGAUUCUCGCCUCGUGUUUCAGGUUACACGCGAUUUCUCCCCCCCCAUCACCGAACAACUCUCGAAGUUGAAGCUAGGCCUUCACUUAGUCCAGGAUUCUAAUAGCGACGACGGCGAAAAUCACCGCCAUUACCUUUAUAGCCAUUACCAUUCACGAGACCCCAAUUUAGAGGGUCUCGACUAUUCUCGCACGGAGAAUCUUGUGGAUAUUCGGUCUGGGGAAGUCCUGCCGCAUGACAUCCCAGGCCGUGACAAUGAUAUCUUGGACAAGAUAACGCCAAUCCUCGAUGAUGUUAUCGACAACACUGAGGAUUCUAUCGGCAACUCUCCAACCGCUUUUAUUUUUGGGUCUUCCUUCGGAUCUGGUAUCCAUAAUAUUCAUAUGAACCAGGGCAGUCUUCCUGAGUUUGACAAUGGUGUCUACUCAGACGGAGCCCUGCUGUUCAAAUUUGACGAUGAGCACUGGGAAGCCGUGUUUCUGGCCUUUGCUUCGCAGAAGCUCCCAACCGACGAGGAAGGAAAGCCAAAGCCAGGCAGUAGGACUUUAGCCUAG